UGUGUCACUGUGUGACCGUGACCGAGAUCUAUGAAAACUCAAUCAACGUUCACCGAUUCACGACUACGCCAUUAACAUCACGCAUCACAGACUAAUAUUCAAGAGAGAGCUCUCCAAGACUAGCCUAAAGGUAUGUGAAUCCCCAAAACCACCGUUGAGUUGGAACCUAUGAUGAGAAUACAUUUAUUGGAGCUGUCUUAUAUCCCUCGUGGAAUGCUGAGAAGUUUUAUUACGCUUUUAUCUGAUUGUUACUAUCCCACCCGCUUCGCAAAUAAGAUAUCCCUCUACCCAGCAGAUCGCUAAUGAAGUGCUGAUGCAAAAGGUCCCUUCCUUGAGCGCCAUCGCGCGCAACACUCACCGCCUCUUUCCUCCUCACAAUCAUGGCGACCGAUCCUCGAUUACGCUCCUCACAAGCUCCACCUCCACCUCCCCCUCCACCCCCUUCAGAGCCCGUUAUCUCCUCCCUGGACGGUGCCUCCGACUCCCCAAUACCCACCGGCGCCGAAAAGGCCAUCUCUCCCGCUCCCCCACAACCUGACCACCCCCGUAACUCCCUGAUCUUCUGCACGGUAUGUGCGUCCAACAACAACCGCAGCAUGGAGGCGCACAGGCGCCUAUCCCCCUUCUUCCCUACCAUCUCCUUCGGCACCGGCUCCCUCGUCCGGCUCCCGGGCCCCUCCAUCACCCAACCCAACAUCUACAGUUUCAACAAGACCGCCUACGCCCGAAUCCACGACGAGCUAGCGAGCAAGGACCCGCGUCUGUACCGCGCGAACGGCCUCCUCCCGAUGCUGGAGCGCAACAAGUCGAUCAAAUGGGGCCCGGAGCGAUGGCAGGACUGGCCCGUUGGCGUCCCCCGCAUCGGCGAGCGGUACGCGACCGAGCUGGGCAACAAAGGUACCGAAGCCGGCGUCGUAGACAUCGUCGUGACAUGCGAGGAGAAAUGCUGGGACUCCGUGCUGGAGGACCUGCAUGCGCGCGGCGGGCCGCUGAAUCGGCCGGUGCACAUCAUCAACGUGGACAUCAAGGAUAGUCAUGAGGAGGCGCUGAUCGGCGGAGAGGCGAUUCUGGAUCUAGCGACGAGGUUGAAUGAGGCGGCGACUAAGGAGCGGGAAGAGAAGGGGAUCCAUGGGUGGGGAGAUGGACGCGGUGUUGCGAGGGAAGUGUUCGACGAGCGGGUGCCGGAGAUCAUUGCGGAGUGGCAGGAAAGAUGGCCGAGGUACCCAGCGUUGUGGUCGUUGGCCUGGUUUUAGUCCGAAAUCACCGAGGGAGAGGGACGAGGAAUGUCAUGAAGGACAUCGUGUCUACUUAGGAGUUGGUGUUCCUUCCAGAGCACUGUUUGACGCAAUCCAGUAUUACGAAGAUACCAAGGGAACGCUAUAGCGACGGCGAUAAGGAGUUCGGAUGUAUGUAAUACGGGAUUUUAAUGUCACCGAAUCAGGUCCACGAUGUUGGACCUCAAAAUGAUUGUAUUGGGCAGCUAUUGCCCAGACCGAGUGACAUGGCGGUUAUCCACCCCAUGCUUUCCCAUCUG